AAACUUUUCCACAUCCGGUUUGGUCUAGGAACCGUACUCAGCCAUUGUGAAGUGCCUAAAAGCGUGGACUUUCUAGUUUCUUGAUGACAGUCGCGGUGGCCGAUCAGAGUAAGAAAUCCCUUUUCGUUGAGUUUCUUGGGAAAAAAUGGGAUCAAUAGCAAAUAUGGGCUUAAAGCAGUACUUGCUUCAACUUCAGAAACAUCCUCUUCGAACAAAGGCAAUAACUGCUGGAGUACUGUCAGCUAUAAGUGAUAUAAUUGCUCAAAAGAUUACUGGCAUUCAAAAACUUCAAAUCAAGCGCCUUCUUCUCAAAGUGCUUUUUGGUUUUGCAUAUCUAGGACCAUUUGGUCACUUUCUUCAUAUAUUGCUGGACAAAAUUUUCAAGGGCAAGAAGGAUCCGAAGACAGCUGCUAAGAAGGUUGUGCUUGAACAAGUGACGUCUUCACCUUGGAACAACCUUCUUUUCAUGUUGUAUUAUGGGUUAGUUAUUGAGGGAAGACCAUGGGUCCAGGUGAAAUCAAAUGUGGCAAGAGAGUACCCAAAAAUCCAAUAUACAGCAUGGACGUUUUGGCCAGUUGUGGGAUGGGUGAAUCACCUGUAUGUACCCCUCCAGUUUCGUGUCAUAUUUCAUAGCAUUAUAGCUUGCUGUUGGGGAAUAUUUCUGAAUCUACGAGCAAGGACAGUGGCAGUGAAGAAGGCUUAAGCACACAAAGACCGCAUUUUGCCAUGCGGUUGAACAAGAAACUACUUUGGGAACAACUUCUAUUUGCUCAAUUGUUGAUUGAAUUGAUAAAAGACGGACGGCGAACAUGGAAGUGGGGUUAUCCGCAGUUACACUUUGUAUGUCGCUUCACAAGAGUGUGAACCAAAAUGAGAGUAGGCGGAGCAUACCCCUGCUGGCCUUUCUCUACCAUCAUUCUAUAUCAUUAUUUGCUAAUAUGUGUGAUAUGGAUCUCAGUUUUCAUUCUAUCAUAAUUAAAUGCAAUGUUAAGUAGACUUGAGUCUCUAUGGACUAUGGUAUGAGCGUAUUUGGUUGUAAUGGUCUAAGUUGUGAUUGCUGAGCAGUUGUGGUUGAAAGGGUUAAAGCCGUUGAACUUAUUGAGUAUAUCUAUCUCAUUGUGGAGUCGAUGUGUUGUUGAUCAUUUG